AUGGAGGUUUUCAUGCUCACCACCGAUGCUCGAGACGAAGACAUGGACCCUACCAAAGCAGCAGCCAACCACGAGCGCUUCAAAGCUUGUAUAGACCUCAUCCAAUCUUACAAGAAACGAGACGACGAACAUCCUGAUGAUUACGGCGGGGCUGCAUACGCGGAGGACACGGCUAAGCAGUGCUUCAUCUACAUGUACGGGCGGACGGCGGAGGGCAAGAGCGUGUGCCUGCGCAUACCGUUCGCCCCUGCACUGUACCUGGAGGCUCCCGAAGGAUGGGGCCAUGCGGAGUCCACCGCCACUGCAGAAAGAAUCUACCUGUCGAUCAACGGGCGGGCGUACGGAGGAAUCGCAAGAGAGUGCGUUUUUCGUGCAGGCUACCAUGGAGACAAGGAUUUCCUCUUCUACAAGCUCCAAGUCACCUCGGACAAGGCGCUGAAGCAGUGCCAGUACGCUCUACAGAAGAAGCCACUGAACGUGUGGGUGCUGAAGAGAGACCCCCAUCGAUUCGCGCUCUACGAAGCGAACGUGCCCCCAGUCAUCCAAUUCUUUCACGAGACGGGCUCGUUGCCAUGCGGCUGGCACACCAUCGACCUCGGAGGACGCAAACCUGUCGACAAGGCUCGACAGGUGUCCACGUGCGACCUGGAGUUCCUCAUCCCUCAGACGGCCAUCCGAGCCAAGCGUACGGAGGCAGGACAAGGGGCUGAGAUCCCGCCUCUGGUGGAGUGCAGCUUCGACAUAGAGGCCUACACCACAGACGGCUCAUUUCCGGAGGGUUCCUUCGAAGGAGCUCGGACCAUCACCAUCGGCAGCACCUUCAAGGUGUACGGCCAGAAAGAACCCUACCUGAGGCACGUGAUCACGCUCAAAGACUGCGCUCCGAUCGAAGGGGUCGUGGUGGAGAAUUACGACUCCGAAGGAGAGGUCAUCAUGGCCUGGCAGCGCCUCCUGAUGAAUGAGUCUCCGGACGUCAUCUACUCUUGGAACGGCUACGGCUUUGAUUGGAACUUUCUGUACAAGUCUGCGCGGCGGGCCGGCGUCCCUGUUAACGUCGGCAGGUUGAAAGGAGUCCCCAGCACGCUGAGCGAGAAACAGCUGGAGUCCGCAGCGUUCGGCUUCAACAAGUUCCUCCUCGUCAGCAUGCAGGGGAUCCUGGACCUGGAUCUCAUGCAGGCCGUGAAGCGGUCGCACAAGCUAGACAGUUACAGCCUGGAAAACGUGGCCUCCGUCACCCUGAACGAGCACAAGAACGACAUGCCCAUCCGCCGGCUCUUCGAACUGUUCGAGCAGGGGACGCCGGAAGGAAUCGCAGAGAUCGCGAGGUACUGCGUCCAGGACACGGCGCUGCCGCUCCGCCUGUCGGACAAGCUCAACCUCCUUUUCGACCAGAUCGAGAUGUCCAAGGCCACCUUCGUACCCAUCGACUAUCUGCUUCACAGAGGCCAACAGGCGAGUGCCCGAAAAUUUCCAUGA